AGAGAUGACGGACACAGCUUUUUACUGCAGGAUGCGGAAAGUUAGGUUAGGUUCUCUGAAGUCAGAAGCUGUUAACUCUGACCUCUAAAAAAUGGUGUCCUUAUCCAACAACUUGACUUUGCAAUCAAAACAUGCUUUUAUUGCACUAUGUAAUUAGAGUACAUAAUUUAAUCAACCUUUGAUUUUGGUUUAUUAAGUGCUUAUUCAGCACUGAGUGGCAAUUAAGCAUUAAAGUACCUUCAAUAAAUCCAGGAACUUGAUAAUCAUCAGUCAUAAUAAAUUUGCCUCAUUUCUACAUUUUGUAUCAAGUUCUGCAGGUAGAAUUGCAAAAAGUGAUGGAGAGAAGUUUGCCAACUCUCCCUCCCCAACAAACAGAUGAGAAUUGAAAAGGGAAACAAUCCAAUGAGCUGUAACUUUUAAAGAUGUUUAAAAUAAGUUCCUCUUUCUCCAGCAAAUCACAUUACCUUCUACUACUUCAGCUGCAGCAAUCUGCUGAUAGAAUGAUGUUCAUUGAUCCCUAGUAUGUAACACUUCAUCUACCUGCAUGUACAAGUGAAUUACAAAUCACUUUACUGUAAAAGUUAGAUAUAGGUGGCCAAAAUAUACUGCUACACAAAUAACCUUGACGUACUAGAUAGAUAGCCAAGUAGUCAGGGUACAACUGCUUGAUUUGAUAGGCCUUACCUGAAUAGUUCCAGUUAAAACUGCAACAAGCAACAUUCAGAAUCAUCAAGCCCUACAAACAUUAUUUAUGAAAGGGUAACUUAGAAAAAGUAAUUUCAACUACAUCAAGAAACUCUCACUUCUUUCUCUGCUUUGAAUGCUAUGUAUAAAAUGACUCUAAAAAUCAUGGCACUUUCAUUCCCCCUCCCUUCUUUUAACUUAACUUUGCUGGGGGGGGAAGAAACACUUCUCGCUGACCUACAUUUGACACAAUGCAACCUAAGCAAAAAAACCAAAAAGAAAGCAAGAUGCAAAAAAAUAUUUGUGAUGCAUUAUGGUGGUGCCCAGAAGUUGCUGGCUGUGCUCGGGACAGUUGUGUCACAACUUAUGUUGUAGCAUUAUGCAAACACACAGCAAAGAAGUCUUGUUCUGCAGAACUUGCUGCUUGAGUACUUGACCUUAGUCCUAGCGAUUACAUAACACUGAAACUCAGACUUGUUUAGACUACUUCACUUUCUUUUAAGGUGGGGAUCAUAAAGAUUCCUUUCUAAAAAUGUCUUUUAAGUUCUGUCUGUAAAGGAACUGUCAAGUUAGAAGUGAUCUCUGGAGCAACUGCCAUGCAAUUACUGUGGUGAACUUUACAGCAGCAUUUCUACCUAAUACAGACUGACUCAGCAGCGUUGGUGUGCUCUCAAGAAAAUUGUACUUUCUGUUAAUAUAGCUGGAUUCAUUUGGGAGUACUGAAUAUCAAAUCCGUGGUUGUAGAAUUACAUCAUUCCAGUUGAUCUUGCAGCUGUUUUUACUACGUGAACAAUGAACAGAAGGUAUUUGUUGAAUUUGUGGCAAUACCAACCACCCCAGGAAACUCGGAUGAAAAAGCUACUAACUAGAAGUAUUUCUCAUUGUCAUAUUGACAUUUACAAUACAGCUUUAAGUAUCGUCAUGUAUAUUGUGUUAAAUUCAGUAGUCUUCAAUGAAAUCAUAUACCUCCUGUUUUGAAAUUUCCAGAACAACUCUCAUCAAUGUGAGCAGUGAUUAGUCCUGGGUGAUAGACUUCAGCAGGUCCAGGCUUCACAACAAUGAUGGAAGGUAUUUACUGUGAAAACAGUAAGUGCCUAAUUUGAGUCUUUGUGCUUUGAUGUCACGUGCUUAGAUAUUUUUCUAUCUUCAGUGCACCAUGCAGGGAAAAAAAAUAGCCUCCAAAAUAAUUGUUAAGAAGCAAAAAUAAACAAAAAAGGGCACUUUUUCAUGGCAGUUGGUCUGUCCUCUUUGAUACCUGCUUGGCUAACAGGCUUCUGUGACUCCUCACACUUACAAACAGUUGUAUUUCAUAUCUGGUCCUAAUAAACUAUUUAGAGAGAAGUCUUUAAGCUGAAAUCAAGGUGAAUCAUCAAUGCAUCUGUGAAACACAAAUCAAGCUGACUGUCUCAUAGUAUCGCGAAGUGAUCACAGAGAUGGGUAUUCUCUACUUAUUGAAAGAUUAUCGUGCUGGCUAAACUGAAGCAUCCCUUGCCUUGCCGAUAGCCAUGCUGCCUGUGUUGCUGGUAAAGCGUGAAUAAAACCCCUCGACUUACACUGUUUCUGACAACAUUAGGAGCAGCAUUUGAGAUGACUGCAGUGGAGAAGAUUGAGGAGCAGCUUGCUAGUCUGCGCAUAGCAAAACGUUCUACGCUAAGUGAAGAACCUGCUUACUUACUGGAUAUAGACGUUUCCAAACCUGCUCAAUCUGAAAGCAGUCGCUUUGUGGCAGUUUCGUGUUCCAAUAAGUCAAUUAGGGUAUAUAACAGGGAAACAUUAAACUUCCUGCGGGAGUACAGUAGCCAUCCUGGGAUACUUAAUGGAGUCAGAUUUUCACACACAUGUGACAGCGUAGUGUUUUCAGCAUGCAGUGACGGUACAGUAAAAUGUUGGGAUAUUCGUUUAGCAACUCAGAAAGCUGUGCAGAUAUUUAGUGGCUAUCCUUCAAAUGUUUUCAUCAGUUUUGAUGUCAACUGCAGUGAUCUCAUCAUUUGUGCCGGAACAGAAAAAGUUGAAAACGACACAUUUCUGGUGUUUUGGGAUGCAAGAGGCAUCGCAAACUGUGCCAGCGCAGCAAAGGAACCCUUGGGAGUCUAUUCUGAAAGUCACAAUGAUGAUAUCACUAAAAUUUGUUUUCAUCCCAUUGAACCCAAUUUGGUAGUUUCUGGGUCAACUGAUGGAUUGGUUAACGUGUUUGACAUUAACAAGGAUAAUGAAGACGAUGCUUUAAUAUCAACUUGCAAUUCAGAUUCAUCAGUAAGUUUUAUUGGCUGGUCUGGGAAAGAUUAUAAACAGGUCUACUGCAUGACCCACGAUGAGGGAUUUUGUUGGUGGGACAUGGCUCAGUUAGAUACUGAAGACCCAAUAACACUAUUGCAUGUUCUGGAUGUCAGAGACGCAGUCUGCGUUGAAAACGACAGCUUGCGUUACCUGGUUGGUGGCUUGUACCACGAAAAGGCGGACAAACUCUUUCUUAUUGGGGGAACGGCGACAGGAAACAUUCACCUAAUCAGCUGCGCCAGGGACGGACUGAGCCUGGUGGGUACGCUCUGCGGAGGACACGCUGCCACUGUGCGCUCCUUCUGCUGGAACCUGACAGAUGAGUCUCUGCUGACGGGUGGCGAGGAUGCUCAGCUGUUGCUAUGGAAACCCGGAGCUGUGGAAAGGUCCAUCGCAAAGAAAGCAUCUAUGAAGAUCGCUUCUUCUGUGCAGAAGAGAGUAAGAGUUCACAACAGCUCCCUCAAAAGCAGGAAAAAGUGAAAUUCUGAAAGUGGGAAUCUCUGCUGUGUAGAGUUUUCCUGUGUAAUCUCUCAGGCAAUACUUGGCUCUGCUUUAUUUGGAGGUAAAGAACUGCCUGCAGUGCUCGAAUUCUACCUAAGAGAAUGUAUUUCGGUCAUCAGAAGAAUGCCUUUUUUUUUUUUUUUAAAGUUGUUAAUAUUAAUCAGGAAAGAGUAAAUGUUUGCUCUUGAACAACAGAUCUUAAAUCAUAUUAUAUAAAAAUGUUUCUGUGGUUGUUUAAUGUCUCAACCAACAUUUUUAAUGUGUAGUAGGCCUGUGGCUUGCCUAAUUUGUUACCUUCCCACUGAAAUUCCAUGGCAUGUUUUAAAAGCUCUUGUAUUUCAUGCUGUAUUUUGCUCUCUUUACAGAUAACUUAAUGAAAUUGCUCAAUAUAUUAAAAGAUUUUAAUGUCACA